AUGGCGAUGCCGCCGAAGCCCGGCGAUCCGCCGCAGCGCUCGCCGGCGCGUAGCCCCAACCUCAACCUGCCCUGCCCGCUGCCGCCGGUCCCGGGCGGGGCGCCUGCGCCGCCGCCGCCGCCGCCGGGCGCAGGGCUGCCCCCUCCGCGCGUGGGCCACCACCGCCGCGCCAGAUCUGAGGUGGCCUUCCGCUUCCCGGACGACCUGGCCGGCGGCGGGGGCGGCGGCUUCGACGAGAUCGGCUCCGAGGACGACCUCUUCUCCACCUUCAUGGACUUGGACAAGAUCGCCGGCACCGACCGCGACCGCGCCGCCGAGACCUCCUCGCCGCCGCGCCCAGCCAGGCACCGCCACAGCGCCUCCUUCGACGGCUUCGGGAUGGGGGCCGGCGCCGGCGGCCCAGGCGGGCAGCAGGACGGCGGCGGAGGCCUGUUCGGAGAGGUGAUGGAGGCCAAGAAGGCCAUGUCUUCCGAGCAGCUCGCCGAGCUCGCUGCCAUCGACCCCAAGCGCGUCAAAAGAAUUAUUGCAAACAGACAAUCUGCAGCACGGUCAAAGGAAAGAAAAGCUCGAUAUAUAACAGAAUUGGAACGGAAGGUUCAAACUCUUCAGACAGAGGCUACUACUCUUUCAGCGCAGCUGACACUGUUCCAGAGAGACACAACUGGACUUUCGGCAGAAAAUGCUGAGCUCAAGAUAAGGUUGCAGGCCAUCGAGCAGCAGGCUCAACUGCGUGAUGCUCUAAAUGAUGCACUGAAGCAGGAAGUGGAGAGGCUUAAGAUAGCAACAGGUGAGAUGUCGAAGUCUAACGAACAAUUUAAUAUGGGAAUGCAGCACGUCUCGUACAACCCUUCAUUCUUCCAGCUCUCGGAGCAACACACAGUUCAGCAGCAUGGAAAUAUUCAGCUGCCGCAUCAUUUCCAACAGCCUCCACCGAAUGUCCCGAGUCACCAGAUGCUAUCCCACCCCAAUUCCUUCUCGGAUAUGAUGCAGCAUGACUCGCUUGGGCGGCUCCAGGGGCUGGAUAUCGGAAAAGGUUUCAUGGCUGUGAAGUCAGAGGCAGAGGUCGUGGUGAAGUCGGAGGGCAGCUCUAUAUCUGCAGGUGAAAGCAAUACCACCUUCUAG